GCUUGCAGAGAAAAAAAUAAAUAAUAAAAAUAUAAACACUAGUUAAUUAAUUGCGGUAUUUCGCAGGCACUUAUACAAAUCAAAUACGAUUUAUAAAAUAAUAUUAUAAUUUAUAAAUAAACAAAAUACGUAAGUACAUCUACGGAAGCACAUAUCUAAAGUAGAGGAUAAAUGUUAUAUUAAUUGAGAGUAUAUUUUACUGAUAAAAUAAAGGACGUGAGGUAAUUGACAAGAUAAUUAGUGACGAAAACAAUAAAUAUUAUUAUGAAUAAUAAUCUUUAAUAAUAAUAGUAAUCAGUUAGUUAAUAUAUAAAAUAAAGUAAAGAGCAAAAUCGACUGAUUCGCAUUUUAUUUUUUGUCUGAGACUGAUACAGAAAUAAUUUUUAUUAAACAAAGAUAAAGCUGAAAAAAGCCACCUGGACAACAGAAGACUAUUGAAAGUUGUAUCGAAGAAUAAAAAAAAAUCACAUAAAUAUGAUGUAUGAAGGAGGAUUGACUACUGACCAUCAGGAUGAUUUGAUGUCAGUGCUAUGGCUCCUAGACUAUUUAUUGAUUACAUUGUAGACAUGGCUGUUUAAAUGUCUAUCAUGCAAAGUGAUUAGAAACAUCGGAAAUACCAGCAAUAAAUACCAAUAUUAUUAUGUACAUUCAGGAAGAAGACAUGUAGGAAUACAUUAAGAUUUAUCACCACUAAUAAUACUCGACAUUAAAUUCUAACUUUAACACAUAUUCAACACAAUAAAGCAGCAAUACUCUAUUUUUACAACACUAUUUACUACGUUAUUUGCAAGGCAAUAUUACACAUUUGAGUACACCACUGAAGUUUCUAAAAUGGCCGAGGAACUCGUUAAAGUUCCGAUCUCCACACUCGUUUCGCACAGAGAGCGACCACUAUGCUCCGAGAGAAAUCUCCGAGCCAUCGCGAGGGUGGGUCAAGCCGUAAAUCUUGCUGUCGAGAGAUUCGUAACAGUUGGAGAAACAAUAGCAGAUGACAAUCCUGAAAUCAAACAAACAAUGUAUGAAGCUUGCAAGGAAGCUAGAAUUGCUGGUGGUGCGAUAGAAAAAUUGUGCGAAUGUGCAAUGGAAGAUAAUUUAGCAGAUAGAGGCUCAGUUGUAAGAGCAGCAAGAUGUCUUUUGGGUUCAGUAACAAGAGUUUUACUUCUGGCUGACAUUGUUGUCGUAAAACAACUGCUCCUGGCUAAAGACAAAGUGGCCCGUAGUCUAGGACGACUCGAGAGUGUUUCAAACUUUACAGAAUUCGUUAAAGCAUUCAGUCAGUUUGGCGCUGAAAUGGUUGAGCUUGCUCAUUUAACUGGAGAUCGACAAAAUGAUUUAAAAGAUGAAAGACGAAGAGCACAAAUGGCUGCAGCAAGGCAAGUUCUCGAGCGAAGUACUAUGAUGCUUUUGACAUCCAGCAAAGCUUGUCUGCGACACCCUGAGUGUCCGUCAGCCAAAGAAAACCGAGAUACUGUAUUUUGCCAAAUGAGAAGGGCUAUGGACUUGAUUCAUUAUGUCGUUAAGGACGGUGUACUUGAUUGCAGCGAAUCUCAGUCUUAUUCAAACUCUCAGAGUCCACAGCAGCAAGAUUGGGAUAGCAGUACACUGUGUGCAGCUCUAAAAAAUUUCGAAAGAAUGGUCGAAACCACAAGAAUGACGUUGAUGUUGCCAGAAUGUAGAGAUUCUUUAACCUCAGCCUUGGACACUGUAGUAGAGAGGACACAAGACUUUACUGACAGUGCUUACACUAGCCACGAACACAGAGAAAAUAUCCUCCUUCUUUGUGAUCGUGCUAAAUUGGAACUUAAUACGCUGCUAAGACUUGGAAAUAGCAUGCAAGCUCAAGAAGGUGGUCCAGGAUCGCCAAAUUCUGAAAUGGAUCAAGCAGUUUUAGGGGUAUUAAAAGCUACACGAGAUCUUAGGCAGCAAUUAGCAACAACAACAAUGGAACAAGCUGGAGAUCUGGGCCAAGUGACCAAAGCGGGGCAAGAAUUAGUUUCAACCAUAAGAAAUUUAGCACUUACAAGCGAAAUAGAUCGACUGCAUGAAAGUAGUGAUCGUUUCCAUGAAUAUCUUGAGCACAUCUUAGAGGUUUGUAAGCUGCUCAGACAUAUUGCAUUGUCCGAAUCGCUGCAAGUGUCUGCAAAAUUUACUGAGAUUAACUUGAGAAUAUAUGGGCCACAAGUAGUUACUGCUGCGCACACAUUAGCUAGAUAUCCUACUAGCAAAAUAGCUAAGGAAAAUCUCGAAGUAUUUGCGGAUAUGUGGCAGUGGCUUAUGUCUGACGUGACAACAGUAGCUAAAGAUGUACUGGAACUUUGUCAAAGUCGACCGGAAAAGCAAGUUUAUAUGUCACUACCAAGGCCUGGCAAACAUGGAACCACAAGUAAACCUCUGAAACCGGUAAGAUUAGACAGUGAAGAGCAAGCGAAAAUAGCAAAAGCUGGGCUUGAGAUGAAAUUAAUUACCUCAGAGAUGGAUGCGGAGACUGAGAAAUGGCAAGAAAGUGGUUCAACUUUAGAGGAAAAUAAUGACAUUGUGAAGAGAGCAAAAAAUAUGUCUUCCAUGGCUUUUUCAAUGUAUCAAUUUACACGAGGAGAAGGUGCACUAAAGACUACGCAAGAUCUUUUUACUCAGGCUGAAUAUUUUGCAGAAGAGGCUAACAGAUUGUACAAAGUUGUGAGGCAAUUUAGUUAUCAAGUACCAGGUGGUCCAAAUAAAAAGGAACUUUUGGAAAAUCUCGAUCGUGUACCAACAUAUGUUCAACAGUUACAAUUUACAGUAAAAAAUCCAACAGUUGGGAAAGCAGCAACGUUUACUAAAGUCGACAAUGUCAUUCAAGAGACGAAAAACUUGAUGAAUGUCAUUUCGAAAGUCGUAACAACGUGCUUUGAAUGCGCCACAAAGUACAACCUGGAUUUCCGUGGUCUGAGCGCCCGCGGUGCUGGCGGCUCACCAUACCGAGGAGGAGACAAUGCAGGAGAUGGUGACGGCACUGGGGUUGGAGCUGAUGGCAGCAAAACGGGUUCCGCCCCUGGCAGUGACCCGUCUGUCUGACAGUUUGGUAUGGCCCGACGGGCCAAAGGGGAUGCGCGGCGUACUCGAGUUUCCUUUUUACUUUUCUAAAAGGAAAAAGUCAUCUCGACCACACUCACACACAACUUCCGUCUUCUCAGGUUCUUUUUUCUGCGCCGGAAAUUUUUUAGUAAAAGUUUUGUCGCGAUAUUUUAUCGUGAGCGAAGGCAUUCUGGCAUUUUUAUCUUUUCAUAAAUAUUUUUAAACAAUUUUUUUUACCUCAUGAUCGAGUUGAAAGAGACUGUUUUUAUUUCUAUUAAAAUGCCUCGACUUAUUCUGUUUAAAUUACGGUUGAUAAAAAACUUGAAAGAAAUAAUAGAACAAAAGAAAUAAAUAAAUAUUAUAAAAAUAAUGAAAAAUAAAUAUUUGCUCAUUCAUUUUUAAUUAUUUUAUUACUUUUAUUUGUUAAAACUCGUAACAAAACUGUUUGUUAGCAAAUAUUAUUGUAUCAAAGUUACUUAUAAUUAUUAAUAUUAAUUUUUUUGGAUACCAUUUUGUUUAACAAGCUAAUGAAUUUUUAUCGAUUGUAUUAUAAAUCUUGCCAAAUGUCCUAAACUUAUAUCUUCCAUUAACUUUUGUCAUCGUACAGACGAUAAAAAAUUGCUAAAAAAUAUUCUCCGCAGAUAAUCAUGCGGCAUUUUCAUAAAACCUCAUUAUCAAGAGACUUUUCCAUAUAACGAUUAAAAAAAAAGAGGUCUUUAUAAUGGUAAUGAUAAUAAAUAUUGCAAUACGAGACUAAUUGGUGGGUUUUUCAAGUAUGUUUUUUAAGAUUAAAGCAUGGUUAGAUUGACUAGCUAGAUAAUUAUUCUUUUAAAAUGGACGUGAUAAUCAUUAAAACGAAAUGAUUGUCAACGGUCUCGAGAAUCUUUUACGUAAUUUGUAUGAGGAGAACUGUUGAGUUAAUUGAAUUUAGAAUUUUCAAUGAAUGCAUGCAGUGAUACGAAAGAAUAAUUGAAUUAAUUAUUAUUUACUAGAUGAACGGACUCUUUCGUUAAUGAAUUCAUUAAACUUAAUUGAAAUAAAAUUAAUUAAUCCAGUGAUAUUGAUAAAUGUACGUAGAGACAUUAGAAUCUAAUAUCUGAAAUCUUGAAAAUUUGAUGAAUGGCGUGUUAUUAACUUAUUAUUCAAUUUUGUCAAAAGAGCAACGGUCGGUGUAUCUGUGUUAAUUUUUUGAUCUAAAUGUUUAGAGCAGAAACAACAUUAUAUGACAAAAUAUGAAAAGGAAAAAAAUUGGUGUAGAAAUAAUAAUUUUUAUGAAAAAAGUUGCUCAAAAAUCUAGCAUUUAGAUAUUUGCGUCUUUUUUCUAACGAAAACUAUUGACGUUGAAUGGUGAUUGUUCUUAAUUUAUAUUUACAAAAUAAAAUUGUAAAUUAAUAAUAAUAAUAAUAAUUAUGAAUGAAAAAUAGAAUUGGGAAAAAAAUUUACUUACUAAACAAAAAAUAAGAAAAACAAAGAAACAUAAACACAAAUAUUUACUGAUAGUAUUUGGUGUAUCAUUUAAUCGUUGGCUUUCGAUAAUUGAAUUUGUAUAAUUGAUUAAAUAAUGGUGUUAAUAACCAACUAAUUGCUGAAUAUGGAUGGCAAUUCAAAUAUAGAAUAGUUCAGAUGGAAAACAUACAAGCAUUAAAAUCAUUUGCUGGAAUUCAAUUAAUUAUUAUGGGAUCAUUUUUUUAUAAAUUUUUAUGUCAAUUACAUUUUUAAUAUUCGAAUGAGUAUUUUUUCAUUACUGGAAAAUUUUUUAUGUUUCCGGAAAGUAGAACUUUAUCACAAACUUUUUUAAUGAAUAAUAAAACGAUAAAGCAUCAAGUGCAUUAAUCGUAACAGGCUAUGAUUCAUUUUUAAAAUCUAUUAUAAAAUUUAUUGUCAUAAAAAAUUUAUCAACAAAUUAGCCGUCCAUACAUGGAUUUAGUAUUUGAAAUAAUUUCAAUAAUUUAAAGUGAUAUAUGUUGACAUAAUUUAAAAAGGCAAUCACCAAUAAAAUCCAAAAAAGAUUGAUUUACUGAUAAUAGUAAACUGAUGUAAUUUAACAAGUCGUCACGUAAAAAACGAGUCACGUAAAACGUUAUACUCAAGAUGGGGUGACGUCUUGACGGAUACGUCACAAGCACUUGACCAAGAUUUUUUAAAGAGACUUUCAAAUAUACAAAAAAAAAGUUCUUGGGUAAAAUUUUUUGUCUUCUUAACUUAAAACAAAUGAAUACAAAGUAUAUAUUAAAAUAACUAGAGUUUUUACGAAUAAAAAUAGUGAUGAUAACAAAAAAAUAAAAAUUCACUGAUUUUUUGACUGAAUUUAAAUGAUCGUAGACAACACAAUAAUGGUAUACAUGAAACUGAAGUUAAGAAAUUUACGAAUUUUUGUGAUCCGUGAAAGUAGUUAUACCGGUAAAAACAAUUGUUUAGACCAACAUUAUUAAAAAU